UCCAGCGGCCGCAGCGCCCGCCCGGACUCCGACAGUCAGCCCCGGGCUGGAUAGACAUCGCAGCCCCUCAUCCUCGUACGGGUGUCUCAUGCGGGAGCCUGCAAUUAAGUAAGAAAUCAGGCCUGGCUGAAGACAUUUACACAAAGGCUGGACGACUACUUUUCCAGAACAGAAAGGAAACUCAUGCAUCAGAAAAGGUGACUAAUAAACGUAUCAAAAGAAUAUGGCUGCGCAAAUACCAGAAUCUGAUCAGAUAAAACAGUUUAAGGAAUUCCUUGGAACCUACAACAAACUUACCGAAACCUGCUUUUUGGAUUGUGUUAAAGACUUCACAACAAGAGAAGUAAAACCUGAAGAGAUCACCUGUUCAGAACAUUGCCUACAGAAGUACUUAAAAAUGACACAAAGAAUAUCAAUGAGAUUUCAGGAAUAUCAUAUUCAGCAGAAUGAAGCCCUGGCAGCCAAAGCAGGACUCCUUGGCCAACCACGAUAGAGAGUCCUGAUGGGUGGACUUUCAAUGAAAGAUUGCAAAUAGCCAUUGCACUGGAAAUGAGGAUUCAUCUGAUAGAAUCCCCUGAAAGCAGUAGGCACCAUAUUUAACAAUCUGUCAUGACUGCUUGGUAAAUGGAAACCACUGGAGAAACAAAAUCCCUGUUUACUGGUAACAAAAUAGAAGGUCUUUGUUCAGUGAAAAUAGUAAGAUGCAACAUUUGUGGAGGCCUUAAGAUGCAGCAGCUUGGUCAAUUUGAUUAGAAAAAUAAACCAUUGUUUCUUCAUUUGUGACUGUUAAUUUUAAAGCAAAAUAUGUGUCCAAUCAUGUAUGACAGAAAAACAUUUUAUUAAUGAAAGUAAAAUAAAUGAAGUAUCACUGA